UAUCAGAUGCGUGCAUGACUGUGCGCCUGUUCCUGACAUGCGCGCUACGGUCGGCCCGUUAUCACUCGGUCGGCUAUAAAAGCAACACUUCCCAAUAAACCUGCGUUCUUCUUGUUCUGGCUAUCUUGCUGUUGUCACGUCCUUCGUGGCACGCAUACAUGGUGUCAGAAGUGGCUACGACGGUCUAGCUUCGGCAGCCGUGGAAGACGAAGCAUGGAACGGCUGCAGGCACCGGAGCCCCUGCGUCUGGCGGGGAACGUCUCGGCAUCGUGGAAGCGUUUCAAGCAAAAAUUUGAGCUCUUCCUGCAAGCAACGGAAGUGAAGGACCAGCCGAAAAGUGAGGCUUCGAAAGCUGCACUUCUGCUGAGCAUCGCGGGUGACGAGGCGCUCGAUGUAUUCAACAAUUUCAAGUUCGAACCGAACGAGAGCAAGGAUGACUACAAGACCUUAAUGCAAAAGUUCGACGCCUACUGCUCAGAGGUGACCAACGAAGUGCAUGAAAGGUACCUGUGUCGCACGAGGACCCAAGCGGAAGGAGAACCGUUCGAAAAAUUUUUACGUGACGUAAAGAAACAAGCCUCGCAGUGCAACUUUGGAGCAUCGCAUGACUCACUGGAGUCCGGGGACGACUUCUGGCAAGGACUACUGGCUUAUCGCUCAGCUCCACUUGAGGACGGGCGAUCUCCUGGUGAACUGUUGCAAGGGAGGCGCCUUCGAGCCAAUCUUCCCGACUUCCAUGAAGUACCCUGCACAGAGGUGAAAAAGCACUGCCAGCACGCACAAGGCAAACCAUUGCCGAAGCUUUCUCGAGGGGACGUAGUACGGCUGCGAGGAACGAGAACGUGGUCCCGGAAAGCGAGGGUAAGAGGCACGCAAGCUCCAAGGUCCUACCAGCUGGUAACCGAAGAUGGGCAAGUUCUGCGGCGCAACCGCAAACACCUCAUACGAACGGAUGAGCCUUAUGAUGAAACAAGCAGCGAAGACGGGGACGACACAACCGAAACGAGCACGCCUGUCGACAACCCUCAGGUACCUGCAAUGCAUUCUUCGGCCGGAUCAACAUCGCAGGCUUCGGAAUCCUCCCGAACGACUGCUGGGGCGCAACAGUGCCCAGCCAACACAGAAGGAAGGCCAACACCGGAUUCGGUGCUGACCCCAGCUCCGAGAAGAUCGUCCCGGAACACUAGACCGCCGCAACGCCUUCGCUAUUACGAGGCAUUUAAUCAAAUUGCUUAACUAAUGUCAAGAGUCUGUUUUGUUUGUUUACAUGGAAGGAUGUAUCAGAUGCGUGCAUGACUGUGCGCCUGUUCCUGACAUGCGCGCUACGGUCGGCCCGUUAUCACUCGGUCGGCUAUAAAAGCAACACUUCCCAAUAAACCUGCGUUCUUCUUGUUCUGGC